AUGGAAAAUUAUCAGGAUAGAAUUGCUCCUACACGAAGGUCAGUUGGCCAACAGAGGCGUCGCAUGAGAGAAUUGAAAAAUGAUACACAAAUGGUUAAUGAAGAUUCUCAUCGCACUGAGGUACAACAACAGAGCGAUAGAUUACCACCACAAGUAGCACUUCAUAUACAAACUCAACAACCACAACGCUGCUUCACGGAAUCAAAACAGUUGCAAAAUGAUACGGAAAGAGAAGCACGACAACGUUUACUAAAGGGUAAAGAAAAAGCUAUUUAUGUCGAGAAUCAUAAUUCGAAACGGAUGCGUCCUGAAAAUAUCAUUAUUAGAGAGAGGGAGGGAGGAUCAUAUGCGCCUCAUGAUACUGAUUCUGACGAAGAGUCAACAUUUUUACCUAGAAGAAGUGAUAUUGUGCCCGACAUAACCUUACAACGGACACUUUUAGUUGGUACCACAUUCUCAGCUCAAAACAUUCCAAUGCCCUCAGUUACUGUUGAAGAAGAAAAUGUUGAUUAUGAUAGUGAUGAAGUAGAUUACGGCGAUGACGACAUACAUUCCCAAAAUACAACCAUGAACCAGAUCCCGACUCUUCACACCAAUAUACGAAAAGUUCGGCUUCCUUUACUGCGUGAGCCUCCAAGACCCUUAAGAGAAUUAUUUGAAGGCAAUGACGCAAGAUCAACUUCUUUCCGUAAUUAUAUCAGAGAGUAUAAUGCAGCUAACGCAUAUACCAGCCUUGGAUGCAAAUUGGAUGAAAGAAUUUUGAAAGGAAGAGGUCCAAGACCUUUUGCAAUACAUGGGGAACUAAGACAUUUGACAGGAGGAAUUCUGCCACUGCCUGGGAAUGAGAGACAUGCGGUUUACUCACAACUAUACAUCUAUGAUCCUGAUUUUGCAUUGUUUGUUCGUGGAGAACGAAAUCCUAAUUUAAAUGUGGAUGUCCUUCAAACAAUUCAGGAUACUAUGCUCCAAUUUAAUGUUUUCUAUACCAAGUAUCGCCAAGCCUAUACAAUAUUGGAUCAAAUGAGUCAUGCAGACCCAAAUUUCCGAGUUUCCCUUCAGUACAACAAAUCAACUGAUGUAAGACGUUAUAAUCUACCGGUAGCGGAAGAGAUUGUGGUUAUCGUACCAGAAAAAACUUAUAAACAGACUGGGCCGCGAGAUAUUAUAUUGCAUUUGAGAGAAAAUAACGGGCUACAACAAAUUUCGGAGUGUCAUCCAGCAUACUUUCCUUUACAUUAUGUUUUGCUCUUUCCUUUUGGAGAGCUUGGAUGGUCACCAACAUUAAGGCACUGGGAUGCGGCCGUGAAUACCUAUACGAAUACCAAAUUAUCUCAAAUAGAGUAUUAUAGUUACCGCAUAUUUGAACGUCGUUCAGAUUAUUCCACCAUAUUAAGAGCCGGAAAACUAUUUCAAGAAUUUUUGGUUGAUGCAUGGUCCGCUACAUAA